UCAUCAACGGCCUCGCGGGGGUCAUCGAGACUUACUUUCCACACAGCGCCAACCAACACCGACAAGAGUCACCUUCCUUGGACGCUUCUCGACACUUCCAUCUCACCCACAACGCACCCAUCCAUCAUCUACGCGCUACACUCUCCCCGUUCACACGCACACAGAAACGACGAGGACAGACAGAUAGCAUCCAGUUAGCUCAACAUGGCCGCUAUCAACGAGCCCAUCACCGGCGAGUCGAAGAAGAGAGUAUGCUACUUCUUCGACUCGGACAUCGGAAACUACCACUAUGGACCAGGUCAUCCCAUGAAGCCGACGCGUAUCAGGAUGUGCCACUCGCUCGUUAUGAACUACGGCCUUUACAAGCAGAUGGAAAUCUUUAGGGCAAAGCCUGCUACCAAGCGCGAAAUGUCUCAGUUCCAUACGGACGAGUAUGUCGACUUCCUUCACCGCAUCACCCCGGACAAUGAAAACCAGUUCGCUAGGGAACAAGUCAAGUACAAUGUCGGCGAUGACUGUCCUAUCUUUGACGGCUUGUUCGAGUACUGCUCCAUCUCGGCCGGUGGUUCCAUGGAGGGUGCCGCUCGCCUGUCUCGCGACAAGUGUGACAUUGCGGUCAACUGGGCUGGUGGCCUCCACCACGCCAAGAAGGCCGAGGCGACAGGUUUCUGUUACGUGAACGACAUUGUCCUUGGUAUCCUCGAGCUCCUGCGAUACCACCAGCGCGUUCUCUACGUCGACAUUGACGUCCACCACGGUGACGGUGUUGAAGAGGCAUUCUACACAACCGACCGCGUCAUGACCUGCAGCUUCCACAAGUACGGCGAGUUCUUCCCCGGUACUGGUGAGGUUCGCGACAACGGCAUCGGCAAGGGCAAGGGAUACGCGUGUAACGUGCCCUUGCGAGACGGCAUGAGUGACGAGAACUAUAAGACGAUCUUUGAGCCCGUGAUUCGCAAGAUUAUCGAGUGGUACCAGCCAGGUGCCAUUGUGCUUCAGUGUGGUGCCGACUCGUUGUCUGGUGACCGACUCGGCUCGUUCAACCUCUCCAUGCGCGGCCACGCCGCGUGUGUCCAGUUCAUCAAGUCGUUCAACCUUCCUCUCCUUAUGCUCGGCGGUGGUGGCUACACCGUCAAGUCGGUGUCGCGCACUUGGGCGUAUGAGACUGGUCUGGCGGCUGGUGUCCAACUUGGAGGCGCCAUCCCCAACAACGAGUACUACGAGUACUAUGGCCCCGACUACGAGCUGGACGUCAAGCCGUCCAAUAUGACGGACCACAACACUCGCGAGUACCUGGAUAAGCUCCAGGAGACGGUGUUUGAGAUGCUGCGCGACAAGACUGCGGCUCCCAGUGUCCAGAUACACACCGUUCCAAAGCUUGCGCACGAUGACGAGGAUGACAACGAGAUGGAAGACGCCGAGGACAGGGACGUUAGGAGACCAAUGCGCCUGUGGGACAAGGAGAAGCAGAACGAAAACUCGCUCUCUGAUUCCGAGGAUGAGGGAACCGGUGGUAGGCGGCAUCGCCAAUCCCAUCGUGAGGGUUCGAACGGCUCCCGUUCAAAACGCCGGCGCUCUCAAUCGCCAAGGACUGGAAGUGCGGCGCCGUCGGCUUCUGUGCCGGCCGCCGAGGCGACUCCCGCGACAACAGUGCCCGCACCAAUUGCGCCAGCAGAAGAAGGUGGCGCACCGGCAGACAAUGGGUCGUCUUCCAAGGGACCAGUUGACAUUCAGUCGUGGGCUGAGAAUGUGGUCAAGUCCGAGCCAGCUGCUACACCUGCAGAGGCCGCUGUUGCUGCGGACGGCGAUGUCGAGAUGGCUGAUGCCUCCGCGGCCGACGUCGCCAACGGCGAGGUGAGCGGAGCGGGAGCCGGCGAUGUUGUGGCUGAGGGAGCGUAACUAGUGGAUCUAGUUGAGCAUGUC